CGCCGCUUGGACACGUCUCCCUCACUGCGCAAAACCCGCCAGCGCUGGCCCAACACCACCUCAUAACUGUCUUCACUUCUGAUGCGUGGAAUAUAGACCUCUAGUUCAAUUGGCAACCACCGGUUCGCCCUUCUUCCUCAACAACAUCACGAUGCCCACCCCACGCUCGUUACGUCGCCAAAAUCCCAUCACCCUCGUCCUCGCCGCCAUCCUAUGCAUAGGCUUCUUCAUCUUCUUCUUCUCUGGCGGUGAUGGAUCAUCUAGCCUAGGAGAGCGCACAGGCUCGACCGCCGCGAGCGUCUUGUCGCCGCCUUCUCUUCCCUUCCGCAAAUCCAAGUCCAACGAACCUCCAGCUGCGCCGCCAGUCGUCAACUACUACAUGAACAAUGUUACUACAUCGCGGACCCCGAUUGAGAAUGAGGAGAAGGUCCUCAUUCUUACACCCCUCACGCGAUUUUACCAAGAGUUCUGGGACAAUCUGCUCAAGCUGAGUUACCCGCACGAGCUCAUCUCCCUGGGCUUCAUCAUCCCCAAGACAAAGGAGGGCAAUGCCGCAUACGCAGCGCUUCAAGUGCAGGUCGCAAAGACCCAGGCAGGAUCGAAGAAUAAGCGAUUCGCCAGUGUGACCAUCCUGCGACAGGACACCGAGUCCCCACUCCAGUCCCAAUCGGAAGCUGAACGUCACAAGAUGGAGAACCAGAGGGCCCGACGGGGUGCGAUGGCAAAGGCUCGCAAUUCACUCCUCUUCACGACUCUGGGACCUACUACGUCUUGGGUCCUUUGGAUGGAUUCCGACAUUAUUGAAUAUCCUCCAACACUGAUCCAAGAUCUUGCGGCGUACGAUGUCCCCAUCAUUGUGCCCAACUGCUUCCAGAGAUAUUACAACAAUGACAAGAAGGCAAUGGACAUCCGCCCGUACGACUUCAACAACUGGAUCGAUAGCCCUACAGCGAAGGAGAUGGCGGCUAAGAUGGGCAAGGACGAUAUCUUGCUCGAGGGAUAUGCUGAGAUGCCUACCUACCGAAGUCUCAUGGCUAUGAUGCAUGACCCAGCUGCCGACCCUGGCACGAAAGUCAAGUUAGACGGUGUCGGUGGGGCCACGCUUUUGGUUAAGGCGGAGGUGCAUAGGGAUGGAGCCAUGUUCCCCCCAUUCGCAUUCUAUCAUCUCAUUGAGACUGAGGGAUUCGCAAAGAUGGCGAACCGACUGAACUGGGAGAGCUGGGGCCUUCCCAAUUACCUUGUAAGUUAUUCUUCCCACAGUCCGGCUUUAGUAUUCGACGUGACAUGCUAACAAUACUAGGUAUAUCAUUACAACGAGUAAACGACUGCACCCGUC